CUACAUCUCUAAAAAAAAAAAAAAAAAAAAAAAGUUUACUCUGCCAAAGCGGCGUAUCUCCUGCAUCACGUGACGGUGGGCUCCGGCUCGUGGUUGCUAUGGAGAUGACGGCAAGAUUUGACGCAGAACGUCAGUACAGGAAACAAAAAUACUGCGCUUCGAGAAUAUACGCAAGAGGUUUCCCAGACAACCUGCUGACAAGACAAUGCAUAUCGCCCCUCCUGUCAGCAGAGACAGGGUCAUACCUAAAUUUCCCAAGUGUUAUAAUCCUCAAGCUUGCCUACAGAUGAAGGACAACUGGAAUUCAAAAGCCAAGAUGGAAUUCAAAGCUGCCUGCCUACAAGAAUAUGACAGGCUUAAGAUGUCGAAAGCAGUGGUGGUUGGAGGCCUCAAUGUGGGAAAGACAUGCUUAAUAAACAGGUUCUGUAAAGAUGUGUUUGAGAGAGACUACAAGGCUACAAUUGGGGUUGACUUUGAAAUUGAGAGAUUUGAACUGUCUGGGCUGCCAUAUUCUCUUCAAAUAUGGGACACAGCUGGCCAGGAAAAGUUCAAAUGCAUUACAUCGGCAUACUACAGAGGAACUCAGGUUAUCAUUACUGUCUUUGACAUGGCGGAUAUCAAGACCUUGGAACACACACGGCAGUGGUUACUGGAUGCUCUGAACGAAAAUGAACCAAACUCCUGUAUUGUUUUCUUAGCUGGCACAAAAAGAGACCUCCUGUCUACAAAAGAGUGCCAGAGAACUGAGAAAGAUGCCAUAAAGAUGGCAGCAGAGAUGAAUGCUGAGUUCUGGUCUGUGUCAUCAAAAACAGGGGAGAAUGUGUUUUUCUUUCGUGUGGCAGCUCUGGCAUUUGAAGAUUCCAUUCUGAAAGACCUGGAGACAGGAAACAGCACCGCUAAGAUUGGAGAUGGAAGAAUUCUGAAUGAUUAAGCACUGGAGGAUGCUCAAGCAAAGCCAAUGAAGCAAUCCUGCUGUUAAUCCUCAAGGAAUAUCAAGGGUUAAAGAAGAAAAAACAACCAGUGUGUGUUUAUGAUAGGAAGGACCAGAAGAAAUAUGUAACAUAGUGGAAAAAGGGAUUUGUUUCCCUGACAUAACCAACCUCUGAGCUGGUGGAUCACUAAUUCUACUGCGUACUAUUCAUCCUCUCUGAGAGGGACUAGAAGAGAACAGCACUAAAAAUAUGGGAUUGAUCACCCAAGCUACAGAUAAUGAUUUAUACUGUAGUAUUAAAGGAAUAUUCUGGGUUCAGUACAAGUUUAGCUCAAUCGACAGAAUUUAUGGCAUAAUGAUGAUUACCACAAAAAUUUAUUUCGGCUCGUCCCUCCUUUUCUUUAAAAAAGCAAAAAUGGAGUUACAGUGAGGCACUUAAAAUGGAAGUGAAUGGAGCCAAUUUUUUGGAGGGUUUAAAGCAGUGAAGCUUAUAAUUUUACAAAAGCACUUACAUUAAUUAUUCUGUUAAAACUCAUGUAUUAUUUGAGCUGUAAAGUUGUUUAUAUUGUAAUUUUUACGGUUAUUUUAGGGUUUUAGGGUUAACAGCGUUACAGUGUCAUGGCAACGAAGUUAUAAAAUUGGGUGUAACUUUACACAGAAAAGGUUAGUAGUGAUUUUAUAUCACUUAAAUCAGGUUAACAUGCAUAUUGUUAACAUCUUGUGGCUAUACUUAUGAAAC